GCUACCCGUAUGUUCUCCAUUAUAUGCGUUAUCGUUAUAAAUUAUAAAUAUAACUUAUAACAUUACACAACAGUCGACGAGACGACGACACACGUUAUACAGACAUACAGUACCCAAAACUUGAACUGCCAACAGGUAACAGUAUUCCGUCUCCGUAAAUCUGAAUUGAUAGGUAUUUAAAAUGUUUAGUAUUUUUAAAAAACGGAAACCUAAAGAUAAUAAUGAGGAAAACGAAAUUGAAGCUGAUAUUGACGAUCCUGGCAUGGUUGACAUUUCUACUAAUAGUACUACUCAUACAAGUGAUACAACUCUUGAUUUGGGAAAUAAAGAUUCCGGCCCAUGUCGUCCCAUACUUACAGAAUAUAAAAAAAUUAAAUUUGGAACACAACAAAGAUCGUUUCGAAGCCAAUGGUACAAUGAAUGUGAUUGGCUAGAAUACAGUGUUCAGCGUAACGCUGCAUUCUGCUUUGUUUGCCGAACUUUCGGUUCAGAAAAUUCAGGUGAAAAUAUAUGGAUUAAAUCUGGGUUCAAUAAUUGGCAAAAGUUUCUUGUAAAAUCAAAAAAACAUUCUUCUACCAGUACUCAUUUGACUAAUUUAUCAAAAAUGUGUGCAUAUAAAAGUAGUUUAAAGACAGGAUCUGUUGUGACACAACUAUCUAGCGCUCAUAAAAAACAAGUUGAAAUUAAUCGCAAAUACAUGUCUAGUUUAAUUGAUGUUGUGUUAUACCUUGCUAAGCAAGGCAUAUCAUUUAGAGGACAUAAUGAAAAUUUAGAUUCUUUAAAUCAAGGUACAUUUAUAAUGUUAUUAUUUAUUAAUAAAAUUAAUAUUUUCUUGUAAUAAUAUAAAUACAAUUUUAGGUAAUUAUAAGGAAAUGUGCCAUAUGGUAUUUUCAAAGUUCAUGCCAGAUUUGAAAAAUGUAUAUGAGAAUAAAAUUAACCAUACCAGUUGGAAAGUGCAGGACGAAAUUAUUAAAAUAAGUGCUGACCUAAUUAAAGAAAUUAUUGUUGAGGAAAUUGUUGUUUCUGGGAAUUUUGCACUUAUGGUUGAUGAAGCCAGGUCCCAUAAAGAAGAACAGUUAUCUGUAUGUGUGCGGUAUGCUGUUGGUCUUGAGGCACGUGAAAGAUUUUUGCAAUUCAUAGAUGUUUCUAAUGGACAAACUGCCAACCAUAUUAUUUCUGCUGUUUUUAAUUGUUUUCAAAAUUUAAAGUAUUAAUAUCAAUACAUUAAAUAUUGUUGCUCAGUCUUAUGAUGGUGCCAGCGUAAUGGCUGGACACCUUGGAGGUGUCCAGGCAAAAAUUAAACAACAAUUUCCAUGUGCCAUAUACACACACUGUAUGGCACACAGAUUAAAUUUGAUUGUUGUGGAUAUGUGUAAAGGA